AUGAUGUUUUUGAAAUAUACACAUUGUGGUUGAAUCUUGAUAGUGGUUUUAUUUCGCCUACUUCUCAAGAUAUUUUUUGGGACUUGAACAUGGUCCUCGAGCCGGGUUGGCAUCUGAGAGGCUUUGUCUUGUCCACUUGCGGUACCGACUAGGCGGCCGAUUGCCGUCGAUGGUGCUUUCUGGGUGUUUGGUGUUCCGAACACGACUCUUGGAGUAAUUAGAAGGAAGUUGAGGAGACGGAAGCCAUACCGAUCCAGAAGAGGCGCAGUUUACCAGUCGGGCCGACAGGGGGAGCCACGUACGAGCUUCGAGAAAGGAGCGGAUGGAGGAAUGACGGAUUAUUUACAAUGGGACAGUGACAGUGAGUGAAGUGAUAAACUGUAAGUAAAUUUGAACUUUAUUUACAUAGACAAUUUUACUUUGAAACUUUGAAGUGAUACAAGCAAGAAGAAGAAUUUGAACUUUAUUUAUAUGGACAAAUUAACUUAGUGAUUUUAAAGAAAUAUUUUAUGGACUUGUAAUAAAUUUAGUGUAGAUUUAGACUUAGAAUAAUUUCGUUAAAAGUUAACUUACGGGGAACCUAUGCCCGAUUUUUUCUAAGUGUCUUAAUUCUAAACACUUAGAAAAUUUUUGCAAACUUCUCAAGGGACUUAGUCGUUUUUAGCUAGUGAAAUUUUACUUAUAUCGGACUUUUGUUUAGUGAUAUUUUUAAGUGUUGUAAUUUUACAAAUCAUUUAUUUAUUAUUGUAAUUAAACAAUUUUUCUAUUAUGGAGGGUUUAAUACAGUUGCAAAUUGAUUGUCAAAAUACUAUAUCUAAGGGAAAAACGAACUUUAAAAAGGCUGGUAAAGAUCGUUUAACUAUUGCUUACAUUGAGACACGAUUAGAAAAUUUAGAUCAGCUAUGGCAAACUUUUUGUGAAACACAUAGGCAAAUUAUUAGCGAGUAUGAACCUAAAGAAAGAAAACAAUCAAUAUAUGAGUUACAAAAUGUUUAUGAAACAACAGAGGAAUUAUACUUAGAUUACAAAACAAUACUUAAAGAGGGAUUAAACAAAAUUUCACAAAAUAACACUGAAAAAAGCUGUACAAUUGAAAAUAAAAAUCCUAUUAAUACAUCAUGUCAUGUCAAUUUGCCGAAGAUUUCUAUACCUAUGUUUUCAGGUUUGUACACUGAAUGGGCUUCAUUUAGAGAUUUAUUCAUUUCACUGAUCCACAAAAAUGAUACAUUGGAUGACGUUCAAAAGCUACAUUAUUUAAAAAGCCAUUUAUCGGGCGAAGCGGAGAAACUUUUGCGUCAUGUGUCUAUUACCGCUAGUAACUAUCAGAUUUGUUGGAAACAGUUAAAACAUAGGUAUGAUAACAAAAAAUAUUUAUCGGACAAUAUUUUAAAGCGUUUAAUGGGUAUUAAGCCAUUACAAGUAGAGUCAUCUAGUGCUAUUAAGGAGGUAUUAGACACAACAAAUGAAUGCUUACACGGUUUAAAUAAUCUCGGCAUUGACACUAGUUCCUGGGAUAUAAUUGUUAUUCACAUAAUAAGUCAAAAAUUAGAUUCAGAAUCAAGAAAAUUAUGGGAAGCUAAGGCUAGCGAGACUUUUGAUGUUUUACCUACUCUCACUAUUUUUAAUGAUUUUCUUGAGCAUAGAUUCAGAGCCUUAGAAUUUUUGAGUUCGAAAUCAAGCAAGCCUAAUGUAUCUUCUCGUAGCAACCCAUCUAAUAAUACAUAUGUACAAAAAUCACUUCAUGUAUCUACAUUAUCAUGCCCCUUUUGUAACGAGAAUCACAAAAUAAUUAAUUGUAAAAAGUUUCCUAAAGAGGACUCGGAUUCUCGACGUGAAUUUAUCCAAACUAAAGGGCUUUGUUUUAAUUGUUUGGGUCCUAAUCACUCCGUCUACACAUGUCGUCAAGCCUCUAGAUGUCGAAUCUGUAAACGAAAACAUCAUUCAUUGUUACAUCCCAAAUCUAUCUUAAAGAUAUCGAAGUCUGAGGAAGGAGUAGAGUCAGGCGAUCAGAGUAUAAAUGUUUCAGUUGCAACCACUAAUGCUGAAGAAACUCAUGAUCAAACCACAAAUGUUGUUUCUUACUUCUCUAAAGCUAGUAGUCAGGUCUUAUUAGCAACUGCUUUAGUUAAAGUUACGAAUAAUUCAGGAGUUCAAGAAACGUUAAGGUGUUUAUUGGAUCAGGGAUCUCAAGCGUCUUUUAUCACCGAGUCUACAGUUCAAGCUCUUGGAUUGAAGAAGGUGCCUAGCAAGGUUUUUAUCUCCGGAAUAGGUAGUGGCACAGAUGACAACGCUUCAUUGGCGUCGAAAUCUGUUGUUUUUGUGAAGAUUCAGUCGCUACACGAUCCCGGAACUGUUUUGGUUGUUAAGGCACAUGUUUUGAACAGAUUGACAUCAGUCAUUCCUUCUUCCAGAGUUGGUGUUAAAAUUUGGCCACACUUGGUAGGUAUAAAGUUAGCUGAUCCAAAAUUCUAUAUACCAAACAAAAUUAACAUGUUGUUGGGAGCAGAAGUAUACAGCCAGAUUUUAGUCGAUGGUGUUAUUAAAGGUCCUGUAGGAUCUCCUGUAGCUCAGAACACCACCAUCGGCUGGAUAUUAUCUGGUCAGAUUCAAUCUGAAUCUCUAGUUGAGCCCAAGGCAUGCCACAACAUCGUAAGUAUGCACACACAGUUAAAUGAGACCGAAAUAUUGCGAAAAUUUUGGGAGUUAGAGGCAGAACCUUCAAGCAAGAAGCAAUUGACUGAAGAAGAGAAGUUGUGUGAAGAAAUUUUCACCAAAACAACCACCAGAGAUCCUACUGGGCGGUAUAUAGUCAAGCUUCCAUUCCGUAAUGAAGAUCCGCAGUGCCAAUAUGGAAAUUCAAACCUCAUCGCUGCCAAAAGACUUCAAAUGUUGGAAAGAAGACUGGAUAGAGACCCAAAUUUGAAGCAACAAUAUUCUGAUGUGAUAGCAGAAUAUAUUGAGUUAGGUCACAUGGAGAUCGUACCCGUAGAUCAACAAGACAAGUUAGGAACUGUUUAUCUUCCACAUCAUGCCGUUAUCCGUGAAGAUAAGACCACUACCAAAGUCCGAGUCGUAUUUGAUGCAUCGUGCCAAGGUGAUAAUGGCGUAUCACUUAAUAGUGAACUCAUGAUAGGGCCUACCUUACAACCGGACUUAAGGCAUCUUGUGUUGCAGUGGCGUUCACAUCCGAUAUGUUUGAUUGCAGACAUAAUAAAAAUGUAUCGCCAAGUCAAAGUCACUGAGUCGGAUGCAGACUUUCAACGCAUAUUGUGGCGCAACGAUUCUGGGUUGCAACAUUUGAGAAGUCUGCGUGUUACUUUCGGGACGGCCUCAGCACCUUACUUGGCAGUUAAGGUAUUACAGCAGAUAGCUAAAGACGAUGGUAAAGAAUUUCCAUUGGCAGCAGAGAGAGUUUUAAGUCUUUUCUAUAUGGAUGACUUAAUGAGUGGGUGUGAGUCUAUUGCGGAAGGCAUCCAAGUCUUUACGGAAAUGAACAGCUUGCUAAACAAAGGCGGAUUUCAGCUUCAGAAAUGGAAGAGUAAUGAUGAGGAGUUACUGCAAAGAAUAGGGGCAAACAAAAGAAACAAGGAUGAAAAGGUUGAAAUUAAAGCGGAGUCUAGUAACAUUCAGAAAGUUCUUGGUUUAGCUUGGGAUAGUGUAAAAUACACAUUUGAAUACACUAUUGAACUUCCUGAACUGAAAAUUCCUGUUACUAAGCGUAGAGUGAUAUCCGACAUCUCACGUUUAUUUGAUCCUCUGGGAUUCAUAGCUCCUCUCAUUAUUACGGCCAAGGUUUUUAUACAAAAGCUAUGGAUAGCGGGCAUAGAAUGGGAUCAAGAACUUCCUCCUCACUUGCUUAAUGAAUGGAUUAAGUAUAGAGAUAAUCUUUUAUCUAUUACUGCCUUCCACAUACCCAGAUGGAUUGGAACGCGUAAAAAUGACACAUGCGUAGAGCUGCAUGGGUUUUGUGACGCCUCUACUGUGGCAUAUGCAGCCGUUGUGUAUGUGCGUGUGGUGGAUCAGGAUGGGAACGUAAACGUCACACUUGUGACCGCCAAGACGAAGGUAGCUCCCAUUAAACAAGUAUCCAUUCCUCGCUUGGAACUUUGUGGCGCAGUCUUGUUGGUCAAGUUAUUAUUGGAGGUAUCUGAAGUGCUUGAUAUACCUAAACAUCACAUUCAUGCUUGGACCGACUCGUCUGUCGUGUUAGCCUGGUUAAGUAGUCAUCCAAGUAGGUGGAAAACUUUUAUCGGGAAUAGGGUUUCGGAAAUUUUGUCAGUUACUGAUAGAAGCCAGUGGUCCCACGUUCGGUCAAGCGAUAACCCUGCAGACUGCGCGUCCAGAGGCAUUACAUCUUUUGAUGAGUACGAUGAGCAGUUAUGGAAGAAGGGGCCAGGUUGGUUGAAUAACAUAUCAAUAAAUUACAGUCCACUCGAGAGUUUAGAACAGGAUACCAACCUGGAAGAGAGAACUCAAAAGUUGUGUUGUUUGACCUCACAGGACACUGUUGACAUCUGGACAAGGUUUUCUGACCUUCGUAGGUUAUGUAGAGUCACUGCUUUAUGUAGGCGAUUUUUGCAAUUGACACACUAUUCGGGUCAAAGACCUCAGUUUGCGCCAUGGUUGACUGCGUUAGAGUUGCGAGAGGCUCUAAAUCUGUGUAUACGAUUUUACCAAGGUAUACAUUUUCAGGAAGAGAUAGAAAACCUCAGCAAAAAUAAAACUGUGGGUAAGAAGAGUUCAAUUAAUUCAUUGAACCCGUUUAUGGAUGCUGACAAUAUUUUACGAGUUGGUGGACGAUUGAGAAUAGCCGAUGUCUCUAUGGAUAUGAAACAUCCUAUUUUAAUACCUAAAAAGUGUCAUUUAACGGAAUUAAUUAUUGCUGACGCUCAUGACAAAACAUUACAUGGAGGAACACAAUUAAUGUUAAACUAUCUAAGGUCACGGUAUUGGAUUAUAGACAUGAAGCGACAGGUUAAGUUCCACGUUAAAAAAUGUGUACGUUGUGUGCGCUAUUCCUCACGUCCAAUGCAUCAACUGAUGGGUCAACUGCCUGCAUCCCGAACCACUCCAGCUAGGCCUUUCUACCGAAGUGGUGUUGAUUAUGCAGGUCCAAUAGCCGUAAGAUCAGCAAAGGGUAGAGGACAACACUCCACAAAGGGUUAUAUUUGCCUAUUUGUCUGCAUGGUCACGAGAGCAAUACAUUUGGAAAUGGUAAGUGAUUUGACCUCAGAAGGAUUUAUCGCUGCCUUUAAACGUUUCGUAGCCAGACGUGGCCAUUGUGCUGAGCUGUGGAGCGAUAAUGGCACCAACUUCGUUGGCGCUUCACGGGAACUAAAGGAAUUGUUCGACAAGGAAAGGUCUACAAUUGCAGUAGAGAUUGCAGAUUGGCUAUCGACGAACGAUACCAAUUGGCAUUUUAUUCCACCUCAUACUCCAAAUUUCGGUGGAUUAUGGGAGGCGGGAAUAAAGUCAACCAAGCAUCACCUGAAGCGAGUCAUUGGAGAAAGCAAACUCACGUUUGAAGAAAUGACAACGGUGUUGUCUCAAAUUGAGUCUUGUCUCAAUUCGAGACCAAUAUCAAGACUCGCUGAUGUUGACCCAUUGGAUCCCUUUCCUUUGACUCCUGGACAUUUCUUGAUAGGAGAGCCAUUAGUAUUAGUUCCUGAUGUAAAUUAUGAGAACUCCAGCAUUAAUAGCUUGCGUAGGUGGCAAUUGACUCAAAAAAUGAUUCAGGAAUUUUGGCGUCGUUGGUCCAAAGAAUACCUGACUCAAUUCUUUCAUCGGUAUAAAUGGAACAAUGAGAUGUCUGAACCCAACAUCGGAGAUUUGGUUUUGAUAAUGGAAGAUGAUCUUCCCCCAGGUCGAUGGUUAUAUGGCAUAGUCGUGGAGAAGCACCCAGGUUCGGAUAAGCUCACUCGAGUAGUUAGCGUUCGAUGUAAAGGGUCAAAUGUUAUUAAAAGACCUAUAUGUAAAUUACGAACAUUACCAGUUACACAAUGAAAGGGAACACUGUAACUCAUGUUUAAAAAAUAAAAAUAAAAAAUAUUGUUUUUGCCUUUAAAAAUUACAUUUCAUUAUUGUACAAUUAGUAUUAAGUAAUUUCUUACUAUCAACGUUUUAGCUUUAAGAUAUAGUGAUGGACAGUUGUCCAUGGGAGGCGGUAUGUUUACGCCAUUCCUUUAUGAUAUUAGCACAUACGCGUAGUGCGUACUAUGUAAUUCAAGUGCACACCGCUAGAUGGCGCUGUAGGCUUUUAACACGCGGUGAUAAAGUAUUUUUCGAUUUACAUAAGUAGUCCGAGAUGAUGUUUUUGAAAUAUACACAUUGUGGUUGAAUCUUGAUAGU